AUGAGCUGUUGCAUUUUACAAGUUCCUUUGAAUUAUGCUCAAACAAAUCAAAGUUCAAUAUCUAUUUCAAUGCUACUUCUUAGUCCACCCAAUCAGAAAAAUAAUUCUCUAUUUGUUCUAAGUCAAGGUCCUGGUGAAUCAGGACUAGGUCUUGUUUCAAUUAUUGACCAAUUAAUACCUGUAGAAUAUGGAAUCACAAUAAUAUUUCCAGAUCAUCGUGGAACGGGUUUCUCAAGUCCAUUAGGUUGUGCUGAUAAAAUUCACAAAUUAUAA